CUCAGAGUGGACAUAAAAAAUCGCGGGGCUCGCUGUUUGCAGGUAGUAUUCAGAAGAAUAAGUUGUCAGUAAAAAAACGAAAAAGAUUUUUCUUCAGCUUUAAAGAAGUACUUUCUGAGAGAGAAACACCAGCUAUUGAAAAAAAUCAUUAGUUCUGCGUUUUCAUCGGACGACUUUUAAAGGACAAUUACUAGCCAAAAAAACUGCAGAAAAUGAAGUCCAUGCGUAUUGCAGUUGCUGUCACAGCCAUCAUUGCUUGCGUUUGCAUCUUUCAGAGUUCAGCUCUUCCCUUCUCUGAGUCUGAGCCGCGUGCCGAGGAGCAGAUGGAAAGUGAACCUCGUGCACAGGAGUUGCAGUGGACCGCGCAUUUUGCAGAGGAGACGAAUCCUGAGGUGCUGUUCAGAGGAAAGCGAACAAGUCAUCUGUCCCUGUGCCGAUACUGCUGCAAAUGUUGCCGCAACAAAGGUUGUGGAUUCUGCUGCAGGUUCUAAGGUGGACCAGCUUCAGGCAUCCCCACGCUCCUCGGGAAGGACAACCAGAGACAUUAACUUAUUUAUCCUACCGCACCGAUCUCCUUCCAGCCCAACGCCCUGGAUCUCUUGAAUUAGUGAACGGGUUCCAAGACACAGGUCUGAUCGUUGACUGUCCCUGCCAUAACUAGGCCGCAAGGUUUCCCAGAACUGUGGCCUAGUUACAAACCAUAGACUUUGCUGAGGCUAGCUGCUAUUUAACAAAGCUGUUACGCAGAGAAGGUAGUUUCAUUAUAACUACUCAUAGAGAAUAAUUACGCACUUCAUGGUUUCAAAAUUAAAUUGUUUAUAUUGUUGGUACUGCCCUAAGUGAAGCUGCAAGAGCUUUCCCACGGCUGUCAGGUGAAACUUGGCAUGAGUAAUAUGUGCAGGCAUACUGACAGACAGCAAUAAACUUAACGCACAGUAACAGCUAUUACCAGCGAAUAUACCUGCACACCUCGUAUUGUAAAAACAUUUCAAGCGGAAGAGAGCGGUUUUGUUCUACAUUUUAAUUACUUAACUGUUUUCUAGGCUACAUCUACCUUUUCUAUUUUUUACACAUCUUGUACAUACUAUUUUACUUCUAUGAUUAUUGAUGUAUUUGUAUGUUUUUAAUAAAACGUGUUUCACAGAA